CGGGCCCCGUCGCGUCCACGCUGCGCGCCCCCGAGCUGUCACCGUUUUACCGGGAGAGGCGAAGCGAAGGACAUCCGGGAGACCGGCCGACAGGGAGCCGCUGGACUCGUUUCUGGAGUGGACAAAAGGAGCCGUGGACGGUGAUCGCUUCAUUCCUCCCUCUGCGUGUCCUGGGACUGACCCGGUUGGAGUAACAUUUUUUUUAACCAGCUUUUGUUGUGACGUUGAGGACGUCCGGCCCGUCGGCCUGAAGACACCACCUCUGUGUGUGUGAGACACUUUAAGGACUGCUGAUGCAUCGUUUAAGGACUUGUGCGGCGCGGUUGCGUCCGCUCACCGCCUCGCAGGCGGCUCAGACUGUCGGCCCGCAGCGGCCAAUCACAGUCGCCUCCACGGGUGGCACAAGGACGUUUCAGCCAAUCAGGUGCUAUACUGCACCUGUGGCCUCGGAGCCGUUCCUCAAUGGGACGAGCUCCAACUACGUGGAGGAGAUGUACUACGCCUGGCUGGAGGACCCCAAGAGUGUUCACAAGUCGUGGGAUGUAUUUUUUAGGAACGCUAAUGCCGGUGCUCCCCCCGGAGCAGCCUACCAGUCUCCUCUGGGUCUGUCUGCAGCUCCUCAGCUCUCCUCUCUGGUCGGAGCUCAGCCCAACGUGGAGAAGCUGGUGGAGGAUCACCUGGCCGUCCAGUCCCUCAUCAGGGCCUACCAGAUCCGAGGGCACCAUGUGGCCCAGUUGGACCCCCUCGGCAUCAUGGACGCCGAUCUGGACUCGUGUGUCCCCACUGACAUUAUCACGUCCUCGGACAAGCUGGGCUUCUACGGUCUGGACGAGUCCGACCUGGACAAGGUGUUCCGUCUGCCGACCACGACCUUCAUCGGAGGAUCAGAGAGCGCUCUGCCUCUGAAGGAGAUCAUCAGACGGCUGGAGAUGGCGUACUGUCAGCACAUCGGCGUGGAGUUCAUGUUCAUCAACGACCUGGAGCAGUGUCAGUGGAUCAGGCAGAAGUUUGAGACUCCCGGAGUGAUGCAGUUCACUCUGGAGGAGAAGAGGACGCUGCUGGCCCGCAUGGUCCGCUCCACCAGGUUUGAGGAGUUCCUGCAGAAGAAGUGGUCUGCAGAGAAGCGUUUUGGUUUGGAGGGCUGUGAGUCUCUGAUCCCGGCUCUGAAAACCAUCAUCGAUAAAUCCUCUGAGAAUGGAGUGGAGAACGUCAUCAUGGGCAUGCCUCACAGGGGUCGUCUGAAUGUUUUGGCCAACGUGAUCCGUAAAGAGCUGGAGCAGAUCUUCUGCCAGUUUGACUCCAAACUGGAAUCUGCUGACGAGGGCUCUGGAGACGUGAAGUACCACCUGGGGAUGUACCAUCGCCGCAUCAACCGCGUGACGGACAGGAACAUCACGCUGUCUCUGGUGGCCAACCCGUCCCACCUGGAGGCGGUGGACCCCGUGGUGCAGGGCAAGACCAAAGCCGAGCAGUUCUACUGCGGGGACAACGAGGGGAACCGGGUGAUGUCCAUCCUGCUGCACGGAGACGCAGCGUUCGCCGGACAGGGCAUCGUCUACGAGACCUUCCACCUGUCAGACCUGCCCUCAUACACCACGCACGGCACCGUGCACGUGGUGGUCAACAACCAGAUCGGUUUCACCACAGAUCCCCGUAUGGCUCGCUCCUCGCCGUAUCCCACCGACGUGGCUCGAGUCGUCAACGCCCCGAUCUUCCACGUGAACGCCGAUGACCCUGAGGCCGUCAUCUAUGUCUGCAAGGUGGCCGCCGAGUGGAGGGCCACAUUCCACAAGGACGUGGUGGUCGACCUGGUGUGUUACCGUCGGAUGGGUCACAACGAGAUGGAUGAGCCGAUGUUCACUCAGCCGCUGAUGUACAAACAGAUCAAGAAGCAGAAACCUGUUCUGCAGAAAUACGCCGAGAAACUGAUUGCAGAGGGAGCCGUGGGCCGCCAGGAGUACGAGGAGGAGAUUUCCAAAUAUGACAAGAUCUGUGAGGAGGCGUACGCUCGCUCCAAAGACGAGAAGAUCCUCCACAUCAAGCACUGGCUGGAUUCCCCCUGGCCUGGUUUUUUCACUCUGGACGGACAGCCCAAGUCAAUGAGCUGCCCGUCAACUGGUCUGACCGAGGAGAACCUGAACCACAUUGGAAGCGUGGCCUCGUCUGUCCCUGUGGAGGACUUCACCAUCCACGGAGGUCUGAGCAGGAUCCUGAAGGGCCGGGCUGAGAUGGUGAAGAACCGGACCGUGGACUGGGCUCUGGGGGAGUACAUGGCCUUCGGCUCGCUGCUGAAGGAGGGGAUCCACAUCAGACUGUCGGGGCAGGACGUGGAGCGAGGAACCUUCAGCCACCGUCAUCACGUCCUCCACGACCAGAACGUGGACAAAAGGAUCUGCAUCCCCAUGAACCACCUGUCCCCCGACCAGGCGCCCUACACCGUCUGCAACAGCUCGCUGUCAGAGUACGGCGUCCUCGGCUUCGAGCUGGGCUUUGCCAUGGCCAGUCCCAACGCUCUGAUCCUGUGGGAGGCUCAGUUCGGAGACUUCCACAACACGGCUCAGUGCAUCAUCGACCAGUUCAUCUGUCCCGGCCAGGCCAAGUGGGUCAGACAGAACGGCAUCGUGCUGCUGCUGCCACACGGCAUGGAGGGCAUGGGUCCAGAACAUUCUUCAGCUCGUCCGGAGAGAUUCCUGCAGAUGUGCAACGACGACCCCGACGUCAUGCCGACCCUCUCUGAGGACUUUGCAGUGCGUCAGCUGUACGACUGUAACUGGAUCGUGGUGAAUUGUUCAAAUCCUGCAAACUACUUUCAUGUUCUGAGACGACAGAUCCUGCUGCCCUACAGGAAGCCUCUGAUCGUCUUCACACCCAAAUCUCUGCUGCGUCACCCCGAGGCCCGCGGCAGCUUCGACGAGAUGCUGCCCGGGACUAACUUCCAGCGUCUGAUCCCGGAGCGUGGCGUGGCGGCGGAGCGUCCUGAGGGGGUGAAGCGUCUGAUCUUCUGCACUGGGAAGGUUUACUACGAGCUGACCAAAGAGAGGAAGAGCCGAGGCAUGGAGGACACGGUGGCCAUCGCACGCAUCGAGCAGCUCUCUCCGUUCCCGUUCGACCAGGUGAAGGAGGAGUCUGAGCGUUUCUCCAAUGCCGACCUGGUUUGGUGUCAGGAGGAGCACAAGAACCAGGGUUACUAUGACUAUGUGAAGCCUCGCAUCAGGACCACGCCCAGAGAGCCAAAACCCGUCUGGUACGCUGGCAGAGGCCCGGCUGCCGCUCCGGCGACAGGAAACAAAAACACUCACCUGGUGGAGCUGAAGCGCUUCCUGGACGCCGCCUUCGGCCUGGACGCGUUCGAAGGCGAGCAGUAGAGCCCUGACCCCUGACCUGCAACACUUCCUGUCUGACCUUUGACCCCCCCGACCCGACCCUCCUGGAUUCAGUUGUGACAUUUAAACUGCAUCAACACACACACACACACACACGCUCACACGCUGUAAUACUGCAUCAUAAAUACUACACGUGCAUACAAAUACUGCAGUCUGCAAACACAAGUACUGCAUACUACAUAGUGCACAAUUGUAGAAGUACACACAGUACUACUCAGUACUCUAUGUUCAUGUACUGAAGUCCAGUUAAAAACUUAAAAUCUUUUUAAAUUCCAAAACUUUCAAAUCUGUCAUCUGAAGUAAAAAUCUUCUCAUUACACAUCAGUACUCCAGUUACUGUGUACUAAGUACUGCUGUUGUGUCGCUUAAAAACGAGAGAUAAUUAAAGAUUAACUCUGACAUUAUCAGUCUGAUUUAAAUGUCUACAGUGUAUCCAUGGUUACUUUUUAUUAUCUGUUACUCUGACUCAUAUUCACAUUAAACUGAUUAUUGAUUUAAUCUCUAAAAUGUCAGAAAAUAUUGAGUUUUGUUCAGGCAACAGUACAAGAGGACUGUGUAGUAUCAGUUCUGUGUUCAGUAGUACAGCAGCAUCGGGCUGAACUCCACCAGCAACUUUCUGAGCAACAAGUUGCCUCAACAUGUUGAUUAAACUCUUAAAGGAGCUGUAGCCUCGUCUCAAAUUGGCAGAAUUUUGAAUUAAGUCUGGUACCAGCGGAUGCAUGGCUUCAUAAAACGUUUUAAAAGCACCAGUUUAACAGCCUGAAUAUAAUCGAGCCUAAAAGGAGCUACAUUUUGAGUGGAGUCUGGUGACAAGCAGCCAGCUGAUAAAAGAAUGGCAGGUUUCGUAAAGUUCAAUUAUACAGAAUUUGAUUAAAAUCCACUCUAAAAGUGGUAGAAUUUUGAAUAAAGUUUGGCACUAGUUUGUAAAAGAAUGCCAGGAAAGCUACAGAAGCAGUUUCAUGAGAAUGUGAAUAAAACAUUUUGCCUUAAGUCUGGUGUGGCCUCCACUCAGAAACUCUUUUUCACGGCGAUGUUGCUCCAGAAAAGUUGACUCUGUUGGACUGAAGCCUGAGUGUAAAGGUCAAAUACACACACCUUUCUCCGUCCACACACACACACACACACACACUCCAGCUGUUAUGUAACAGCAGGUCAGCUGUUCUGACGUCACCAUCACUCCCCUCACACUCAACAGUUAUCUCUUCUUCUUCUUCUUCACCUGAAAAUGUUGCAGGAACGUUGUUUUUUUUUUUUUACUUUCAGUUCAAAUAAAUGUCUCAUUAGCAUUGUUAGCACGGUCAUCGCUGCCCAUUGAAAGCGGAUGGGAGCGCAGCUAGCUGGGAGCAGUGAGAGGGUGGAGGGAGUUUCUGCCUUUCAGCAGGCGUGUUGGCUCGUUAAGGAAAAGUGUAAUUAGUUACCACGGAAACGCUUGACUCGCACAUUGAGAUUUUCUUGUUUUUCUUUUAUUUUGAAGGGAUUUUUUUGGGGGGGGGGGGGUAAAAAUAGCGGCGUCCCUACAUGAACCAAAUGCACUGCUGAUUAUAAUUUAACCCCUCGGCUUCUGUCUCUCUUUUCUUCUUCUUUCGCGAGCAUUUAUCUCGUGCCAAACGGAGCGUCUCAUGUUUUUCUGGUUUCUCGUGUUUCAGCUGAACGAACUCUUGUCAGCAGGAAGUAAAAUCUCCUGGUUUUGAAACGGAAAUUAAAACGACAGCAGAAGAAGAAAUGGUCUGCACGUGGUGUUCUGGGCUUCUGUGAGACAAAGAAAAUGAUUUAUUUAUUUUCAUAAUAGGGGAUUUAAAUUCUCUUCAUUAUUUUGCUUCAUUCAAUAAAGAAUACUGUAUGUACUGAA